AUGUCGAAAGCCCCAACGUGUUCGAUAAUAAAGAAGACUAUACAAAAAUUCAAGACAAGACAUCAAGGAGAAAACCAACGCCAAAAACCAUAUUACGUACCAGAAGCAGACACAGAAGACAUCAUGAACAUCCAACAAGCAGCAACAGCAGCAGAAGCAGCCGCAUCAAAUGAAAUCAAACCUAACGAUUUAUCUAAUCAUUGUAAUCAUUGUAACCACUUUAAUAAUUUAUGUUUGUAUAAAAAUAAAAAAUUAUAAAAGGAAGAUAAAUAAUGUAAUUUUUGGGAACACGAAGUCUUAGAAAACAAUGAUGAGUUUUUUAAACAGCAUUUUAGAAUGAGCCGUGAAACAUUCGACAUAUUGUGCAAUGAGCUGAAAAAUCUAGAAAUGCACGAUACCAACUUUAGAAAGUGCAUACCUUUGAAAAAAAGAAUAGCCAUUGCAAUAUAUACGCUUGGGUCGUCUGCUGAAUAUAGGACAGUUGCAGCUAUCUUUGGCGUUGGCACAUCCACAGUAGGCAUGAUAUUAAAAGAGUUUUGUAGAGAAGUUUGGCUUGUUCUAAAGCCAAAAUACCUUUGUGCCUAUCCACUCACAGAACAAACUAUAAAAGAAAAUGUGAAUGGUUUUGAAAAACUUGGUUUCCCUCAGUGUUUUGGAGCUAUUGAUGGGUGCCAUAUUGAGAUCCAAGCCCCAGCUCUGGAUUCUGUAGAUUACUAUAAUUAUAAGGGAUGGCAUUCAACUGUAUUACUAGCUGUGGUUGAUUAUCGGUAA